GAAGUCAAAGUGUUUAUAUCUUCUGAAGCAUAAGGUUCAUACAAUGUUGCCGUGGAUUACUUUACUAGUGGGGUUAUGGAUAUAUGUGAUAUGGAGUCGUCGAAGACUGUAUCAAUUAAUGCUCAGGACGCCUGGUCCAAAAGGAUAUCCCAUAAUUGGAAACCUGCACCAAUUUUGGAUAGAAAAGGGUUUCUUACGGGUCUUAGCAGUUAAAAUUCAAGAAUAUGGAACAGCAUUUUUGGGAUGGUUUGGUCCAUUUCCAGUAUAUUUUGUUACUGAGCCCAGUCUGGUUCAAGACCUAUUAACGGCGCCCCAUGCCUUGAGUAAGGGGAGAAUUGCUUACCAUACUUUGGAAGAACUUCUUGGUAGUGGUGUUCUUGUGCUUGAUGACCCAAAGUGGAGUAAACAUCGCAAGGUUUUGAAUCCUGCAUUUGGGCCCAAGGUGUUACUCAGCUUUAUACCCAUUUUCAAUAAUGAGGGAGGUAGCUUGAUUCAGGAACUGGAUAAUCUAGUUGGUAAAGGGGAAAAUGAAAUGCUUUCAUAUAUGAAAAAUUUUACCUUAAGAAUUGCGACACAAACUACCUUGGGAUCUGAUGUCAAAGAAGAAGAAAUAUAUAAAAAUGAAACAUUAAUGGAGAAGUAUCAAAUCUGUACGGAGGCUGGAAUAGAAAUGAUCCUAAAACCAUGGCUUGGAAUUCAAUUAUUUCGCUGCUGGACCAACUUUGGGAAGCUUGUCAAAGACUCUAAUUCGAAUAUUAGAAACUUUAUUAAUAAGAUGAUCGACAACAAACUAGAGGAUGCUUCUAGAAAUAAUCAACCAGAGGUCAAGACAAAUUCAUUUGUGAAUCUUGCCAUUGAUCAAUUUAAGAACCAAGUUUUCAAUUAUCAAAAUGUAGCGGAUGAAGCAAACACAAUCGUCUUUGCAGCAUUUGAGACAACCGCUCUUACAAUAACCUACACUUUGAUGCACUUGGCAAUGUUUCCCGAAUAUCAGGAGAGAGUUUUUGAGGAAAUUAAAUCUGUAUUUCCCAAUACUGGAGACUUUGAGGUCGCAUAUGAGGAUCUACAAAAUCUAGAGUACUUAGGCAUGGUCAUCAAUGAAAGCCUGAGGCUGAUGCCAGCACUUCCAUUGUCCCUACGAAAAGUUACUGAAGAUGUAAAGCUAUCGAAUGGAGUUGUGUUGCCAAAGGGACUUCAAUUUUGCAUUGGUAUUUUCCACAUGCAUCGCAACAAAGACAUUUGGGGUCCAGAGGCAGAUAUGUUUAAUCCAGAUAAUUGUCUGCCCAGAAGUCUACAAGAUAAACAUCCAUAUGCGUUUAUUCCCUUUCUGAAGGGCAAGCGAAACUGCAUAGGCUGGAGAUAUGCAUUAAUUUCGAUGAAAAUUACAUUGAUAAAAAUAUUAAGAAAUUAUAAAUUAACCACAAAAUUUCGCUUUGAAGAUCUAGAAUUUGUCGACAGUAUUACACUGAAAUUAAAGAAAUUACCUGGAUUGCAACUAGAUCGACGAAAUUGAAAUCUUUACAGUUACUAUUGUACAUUUAUUUUUGUUAUCAAAUAAAAAAUAAAAACCAAUCAUU